AUGUCGAGUCGGUGUUUGUCAUAAAUGUAAAUACGAAAAAUGGGAGUUUUCAAAUUUAGUCUUUUAUUAAUGAUUAUAGGGUUUAUUGAAGCGGAGUGUUUUUUAAAUAAAAACCACACAAAUAACUGGGCUGUUCUAGUAGAUACUAGUAGAUUUUGGUUUAACUAUAGACAUGUAGCCAAUGUAUUGUCCAUAUACAGAAGUGUUAAACGUCUAGGAAUACCAGAUAGUCAAAUUAUUCUAAUGAUUGCGGAUGAUAUGGCCUGUAAUCCCAGAAAUCCAAGACCUGCCACUGUUUUCAAUAAUGCUGAUCAGCAUAUAAAUGUUUAUGGAGAUGAUGUAGAAGUAGACUAUAGAGGAUAUGAGGUCACAGUGGAGAAUUUUGUAAGGCUUUUAACUGGACGUCUUCAUCCUGGCACACCAAGAUCCAAACAACUAUUGACAGAUGAAGGAAGCAAUGUUUUGGUAUACUUAACUGGGCAUGGAGGUGAUGGUUUUCUUAAAUUUCAAGAUUCAGAAGAAAUUACCAGUCAAGAAAUGGCUGAUGCUUUAGAACAAAUGUGGCAGAAGCAAAGAUAUCAUGAAAUAUUUUUCAUGAUUGAUACUUGUCAAGCAGCUUCAAUGUAUGAACGCUUUUAUUCACCAAAUAUUUUAGCAGUGGGAAGUAGUUUAGUAGGAGAAGAUUCACUAUCACAUCAUGUUGAUCCAGCCAUUGGAGUGUACAUAAUUGACCGAUACACUUAUUAUGCCCUAUAUUUCUUAGAAAAUGUUACUCCACAGAGUAAUAGAACUAUGGGAGAAUUUUUGAAGGUAUGCCCCAAAAGUGUCUGUAUUUCUACUGUUGGAGUUCGUAAAGAUCUUUUUAAAAGAAAUCCAGACGAGGUGCCCAUUACAGACUUUUUUGGAUCUAUCAGACCCGUGGAUAUAAUCCAAGAUCUUGUGAAUGUAUCAGCCGUUUUAAGUAGUUCACCGACUAGACUAACGGAGCCAAUAAGACCAAAGAAAUAUAAGUAUAUAGAACCUCUUGUUAAUUUUAAUAAAUUUAUAGGUUAAUAAAGUUUUUUUAUAUU